ACUUUAGAACAGACUGAGGAAGUAGUGAACCUGUGAUGCCAUUGUAAAGCACCCCUUCAGCUAAAGCCAGUUACCUGCCCGGCCACCUACAAACUACAAGGAAAAGUGCCUUCCUCAUUUCACCAAAGGACAGCUGAGAAUGACAGCAAUGAAAAUACUUUGGCUGUGCGUUUUCAGUGCAAUUUUGGCGACUGCUCAUGCCCUCACUGUGGAAGCACCUGCCAAGGAAAUACAAGUGGCACGCGGGAACAACGUUACUCUCGGCUGUAAUUUUAAAACUGAUGCUGCUGUUGACUCAGCAGACAUUGUUGUCUGGAGUAAAAUCAGUACUGCGGUUGAUGUUGUCACUAGGUAUUUUGACGGACUUGUACAGUAUGGCAACGGCUAUGAAAACCGUAUACAGUUUAGUGGUGAUUUAAACAAAGGAGACAUCAGUAUCACCAUCAAUGCAGUGACCAUGGAAGACAAUGGGACAUACGUAUGUAGUGUUCGUCUACGGCAAGACCCCCCCAGGCAGGCUGCAACCACGGCUCUUUUAGUCCUUGUUGCACCAUCCAAGCCAGAAUGCAAGAUUUUGGGGACAGCAGAAUACGGACAGACAAUCAAUCUGACCUGCAUUUCUCAUGAGGGUUCCCCAAAGCCCAAAUAUACCUGGCAAAGCUUCAAUGUACAAAAUGAGCCCCGUGUACUACAAACAACACAAGGGGAACAAAUAACUCUGAAGAACAUCUCGGCAGAUACCUCUGGCUUUUACAUCUGCACUUCAACAAACACCGUGGGAAAGGAAUUUUGCAACAUGACAGUCACUGUUCUGCCACCUUCCAUGAACAUAGCUCUUUACGCUGGCAUCAUCGGUGGGGUUGUUGCUGCAAUUAUAGUUGUUGGUAUUAUAGUCUAUUUCUGCUGCUGUCGGGAGGAAAAGAACAAGGACUACGAGAUGACGGAGAGAGAAGACAGAAAUGAACCCUCCACAGAGCAGCCUACAAGGAAUCAGAGAGCAGAGGAUGAAGUUGAAAAUGAAUGAAGCAGCAGCACACCAGUGUCAUCUUCAGGAUUUGUGAAGACACAGACACCACCAGAGAACAUAAAUCAAUCCAUCUUUCUUACUGCAAGAAGGUUUUUUUUUUUUUUGAACAAUAAAAUGAAAGGUAAUGGCUCUGCUUUCAAGUUCUGGGAGAGAAUAUCCUCGUCUCCCUCAAAAGAAGUGCCUAACAUACGAUGAGUACUAAUAUAUAACCUCACAGCACAAAAUGCAUGUGAAGCACUGUUUUACCCAGUCAUCUAAAAAUAAGCCAUCUUCUAGUCUUCCCACUCUCCGAAAAAAGAAGCCAGUCAGGUCUAUUUGCAGAACAGAGUUGCUGCUGUAUGCCCAGAUCUACAGAAGCUUUCAAGGUCACCAACUGCAAGUCAUCACCAAAGGAUUGGCAUAACACCAUAAAGAAGACCAUGUCACAGCUUACAGCACUGUCCAGCAUAUAAAUUAUUUUAUGCAGACUGAAGCAUUUUAAGGACAUUUUAUUAAAUGUGUUCUUUGUAUACAUUAUACAUGCACAUAUAAAUAAAAAUAUGGAAAAAAUUCACAGAUGACCACUGAAAGUCUCUUCUUUGGCAAAACAACACAUACUAAUGGAAUGGAUAAGGUAAGAAGUUAGACAGAUUUGUAAUUGGCAGCUGAUAAGAUCUAGAAACAGUCUAGCAGCCUAUAUACUGAACUUCUGAGUUCCAGCUCAGGAGUUUCUAAAUACUAAUUUUCAUUACAUUAUCCUCUACUCCUAACUGUUGCAUGGGCAAGUCAGAAAUAGUCCAUUGCUGCUUCUUCUGAAAAAAAUGACAGUGUGAGAACAUGUACGUGGCAAGUACAUAUUGAAUAAAAAAAAAAGGGGGGGGGAUGAAAAGGAGAAAAAUUAUCUUUUUAUUCAAAAUUGUAACACUUAAUUUACUCAGAAUUGCUGUAUGUGCAAAAUGUGUGCAAAAGUAGGGAGAACUCCCAUCACUACUAUCUUAUCUUGGAAGAGAAUGGACUGCCUGUCUUUGUACAAAAGACUGUUACUACAGUAUUAAAGCUAACUAAGAGCUGCUUUGUUGGUGGUUUAAUAAAAAAAAAAAAUAUUCAAUAUAUGUUUAGACUAAAAUAUUUGUAAUUUCGAAUAUCUCUAUUGCAUCUUUGACUUCAGGACUUUCAGAUACUUACUGCAAUGCCUCACAUACAUCCUUUAACACCAAGAAGUCACUUUUAAAUCUGUAACAAAAAUCUAAAAUGUAACUUUAAAAAAGAAUCAGCAAUCCUCCUACACAUGGGCAGCAUUUUCUAGAUUUUCAACUAUGCAAAUCAGACUACCAGAAUUGUUAAUCUGACUUGCUUUCUGGCUGCCUUUAUUUUACAUGGUAUUUCAAAUAUAAUUAUUCAUUUGUACUAAUAACAACUGCGAAGACCAACAACCAGAGUUCUUCACGAAGUACAUACAAACCCGAAUCUCUCCGGUAAUAAACAACCUGAAAUGCAACUCAGCCAAGACAUUCUGAGGACCUAUUCCUAUGCUUAGUUCAGAUGCAUGACAAAACAUUGAAAGAAUGGAUGACUAAAAAAGAAUUUCACACACAGAAGCUGAAAGCAGAAAAAUCCACAGUGCAUAGCUCAGAAUCGAUAUGUAAUUUAUUCUCUUUUGUAAAACGUAUAGUGUGAAUUAUCUAAUUAGCAUUGUAACAAGUUUUUACUGUGAAACAAAAGCCAUUUAUUUUAUAAAUGUUGCAGACAGUAGUCAGCACUCUGUGUUUCUUCAUUAAAACCUUUACCCUGGGGCUGAAGAGGGCUUCUGCUGAGGGAUAAUAGUGGGGACUCUCAUCACAGAUCAUAACUGGGAAGACCAGCAAAAGGACUUGACAAUUACCAGAAAUAUUUAUAGCCAGAAACUGGUUCUGGUCUCUCAACCAUUUUAACACUGUGUUACCUAUCACAC